AUGCCCAUUUUGCCAUCUGCCUUCGAAAGCUUUCGGCCAAUAGACUCCUUCCUCAGUAUAAUUACACUCUGGGCAAUGAUACUUUCACUACUUUUAUUUUGGGAUAUCUUAUUAUUGGAAGCUGGAUUUCUUUCAAUAUUCUUUGCACCAUUGUGGCACACAAAGCUAUACAAUGUUUCACCAUCAACAUCAUUGGUGAGAGAAGUAUUAAGAUAUCUAAUCUUUAGACUCAUGUUUGCAAGUGGAAUAGUUAAACUCUAAAGCAAAUGUAAAACUUGGUGGGGACUAACAGCAUUGAACUAUCAUUUUGAAACAUAACCACUCCCGCAUAUUUUAAGCUGGCUUCUGAAAAUUAGUAUACCUUUGGAUUAUUUUAUUGAAGCUGAUGAUGAAGAAGAAAAGAGUUUAUUUUUUAGGGCAUUUGAUAUGAUAAGAUCAGCGAUAUCCUACAAUCUACUUAAUCCAGACUAUGCUUCUUAUACUUAUUUGAUUUUUAUAAUUUUCAGCUUAACGACUGUUGUCUUUGAUAGUAUGAGAUGGCUUUCUAAAAAUAGAGAUGCUAUUGUAAAAAUUAUGACAACUGCAAUCAGUUUUACAACAAUAAUGUUGUUUAUGUAUAUAGUAUUCUUGGCUUAAACUUUCGUUUUUCUCAAAGGUAUUCAGGUAGAACCAAAGAACGUUAGAAAUUAUAAGAGUUAAGUGGGUUUAGAGAUGCAUUAGCUGCUCUCAAAUUUCUAAAUAGCAAAUUCCUAUGGUCUAUUCAGAAGGAUGACUGGAGUGGGUGGUAGACCUGAAAUUAUUUUCUAUGGCUCUGAUGAUUAAUAGAAUUGGAAGGAAUAUGCUUUCAAUUAUAAGCCAGGAAAAAUUGAUCAAGCUCCGCUAAUAGUAUCUCCACAUUAGCCAAGAUUAGAUUGGCAAUUAUGGUUCUCAGCUUUGAAUGUUUUUAAUUUCCAAGACUAUUAUUUGAUUCAUUUUAUCUACAAAAUAUUGAACAAUGAUACUCAUGCGAAAACAUUCUUUUCUUAAAAUCCUUUCCCAAACAAAGCACCAAAAUACUUAAAGAUUGAUUUAUUUCACUACCAUUUUAGUAAUUAUAAGGAUGAAGGUGUAACUUUUGGAGUUGGAGAUAUUGUAAAAAGUAUUCCUUAUUUGUAGAAUAAAAUAGAUAGAGAUUUCGUGAAGUAUAUUAUGAAGACUGAUGAUGAUAAAUAUAUUCCUUAAAAUUGGUGGAGAAGAUAAUUCAAAAAUGAAUUCAGUCCUGCAAUCUAAAAAGAAUAACUUGAGGAGUAUAUAAAUGGUAACAAAUUUGCUAUAUAUAACAAAGACCCCAAUGCUAAAAUUCAUUUUAUGUAAAAAGAAUGGCCAGUUAUUCAAAUCUUAGUAGGAGUUGCUAUUUUCUUGAUGAGUUUAAACCUUUACAGAAAAGUAGAGAUUGUCAUUUUGGAUUAGAGAACGUAUGAAGAGGCUAAAUAGCAUUUGGAAAAUGAAAGACUCAGAAAAUAAGAUGCGGUAUAAUAACCUUAGGAUAAAAAAUUGGAGAAAAGUAAAAAGAAAAGUAAAGUUUCUAAUAAAUAGAAAUAAGAAUGA